ACACGACGGUCUUGAUUCAAUUCUUUCGAGCUGCACUCUAAUGUUACACUCUCUGUACUUAAAUUAAAAUUAGGUUAAACCGGAAUAUUGCACAUGAAAAGAAAACUAGAAAUGUAAUCAUGUAAUGCAGGAAGAAUGGAGGAAAAAUUCAAGUAAAGCAAAUUAAAUAUACGAUAUAACCUAAAAAUGAGGGUCGAAGUAAUCGGUUGGAACUGAAUAAUUAUUUUAAGUUAAUUCGCCUGUACGCGUAUUAAUUCGAUUCGAUUCGAUCGUGGCUUACAAAUGUCUCGAUUCACGUUUGAAUUGAAGUACAGUGAAGUAUGCUUUGAAUACAGUGAUUAAUGGCCAGUAACAGCCAGUAAUGUCAAUAAUUACUUCUCCAGAAAAUAUAUUAUUGUUAUCUGACAGUUAUCUGACGAUACAGGAGCUGUCACAAUAUCCCGUUCUUCGGUUUUUGAUUAUUAUGCACAGAAAGACAUGCAAUUCCGAAGUUAGCGAAGAAAUAACGGUAUACGUACAUGACAUUGUUCUGAUCCCGCGUCGCACAGCACUCGAACGCCACAUGACAACGCUCGGGUUAAGUACUCCUUGUAGCUAUCUCGAUGACGAAAAAACACGUUUAUUGUGGUCGCACGAUAUCCGCGAGUUGCUUCAAGAUAAAGUUAUUUUGCUUAGUACAGAUUUUACUUAUUUAAUUUACUUACAUUGUUUGGAGCUGUUCAUUAUUAAGAGACAGAGCUAUUUGUUAAACGUUGAGUAACUCAAAUCUAAAUUUUACACUGGAUAAUAUUUUGCGAGACAUUUUGUUUGAAACGUCUGGCAAAUUUUGAGGGAACAUCUUCCCUUUUUUGCAUAAUUGCUUUAUUCACAUUUAUAAUACUAAUUUAGUGAAAUAUUUCUUAUGUACGCUCCCUUUGUUAAUAGCAUACAGAAAGUUUAAUAAAAUUUUCCUGAACGU